UCAGAAAAGCCGACGGUGAAAAUUCUGAUGAUUUAUGGUGACGAAGCAUUCGGUGACGUGACAGCCGAAGCUCUCUCUCCUCGAUAAAUACCCAUUCAACUCCUUCUCCUCCGGAGCGGAUCUUUCUCUUUCUUGUUUAUCUUUCAUUUCGAUUUUUUUUUGUUCUACUUUUUGUUUUUGUUUUUAACGAUUUUCCCCUUUCAAGGAGAAGUAGAGAUCUAGGGCGUGGGAGGAUCGGUAGAAUUCUCGUCUCUGUUUCUACUUCAUCUCGCUAAUUUACGCCAUGAAUCCCGAAUAUGACUAUCUUUUCAAGCUUCUGCUUAUUGGAGAUUCAGGUGUUGGCAAGUCGUGCCUUCUUUUGAGAUUUGCGGACGAUUCAUAUCUGGAGAGCUACAUAAGUACCAUUGGUGUUGAUUUUAAAAUCCGCACAGUGGAGCAAGAUGAGAAGACCAUUAAACUUCAAAUUUGGGACACUGCUGGACAAGAACGAUUCAGGACAAUUACAAGCAGCUACUACCGUGGUGCACAUGGCAUUAUUGUCGUUUAUGAUGUUACCAACCAAGAAAGCUUCAACAACGUCAAGCAGUGGUUGAAUGAGAUUGAUCGUUAUGCAAGUGAAAAUGUGAACAAGCUUUUGGUUGGAAACAAAUGCGACAUGACUGCUAAUAAAGUGGUUUCCUAUGAAACAGGCAAGGCAUUUGCUGAUGAAAUUGGGAUCCCUUUCUUGGAAACAAGUGCCAAGGAUUCUACCAAUGUAGAGCAGGCGUUCAUGACCAUGGCUGCCGAGAUAAAGAAUCGAAUGGCGAGUCAGCCAGCAAUGAAUGCCAGCAAACCAGCCACAGUUCAAAUGCGGGGCCAGCCUGUCAAUCAAAAGACCACCUGUUGCUCCACUUAAAUCUGGACUUUUAUCUCAGUGGACGUGAGUUUUCGGUGGCACGCUUUGGAUAGAGAAAUUUCGGCCAGCCAUGGGGGUGGGGGUUCAGGUGGUGACCCACAUUGGUAGGGCCCACAUUUGCGUAUAUAGAAGAAAGGUCCAAAUAGGCAUGUUUUGUUUGUAAGCGUGAUCAAGCACAAUCGCAUCCAGCAAUUGGAUCGGUAAACAAACUGGCUGUAACUACUGCAUUUUAGAACAUGUUUUUCGUUUCCAGAAUGCCAACUAUUUAUCAAUUUGUUUUAGAACA